GUGGACUGCUGUGGACUUUAGCCUGUGGCAUACGUGGCAUGUUAGCAGAUGUUUUUGUGUUUUUACGGAUAUUUUGUUGUAAAAGUUGUUGGAGAAAGAUUUUGCGUUUAUAAAUACUUACUUCCUAUAUUGCUUAUUAUUUAGGUGUAUAUAAAAUAUAAAUGACAAUACAUAUCUGAAUAUGUGUGCAAAGAUAUAUGUGUGAACAAAACGAAUUAUUUUUAUAUUCAUUAGGGGUUUUCGGAAACUGUGAUCUGAUUGAUCGGAUUGAUAGGAUUACUAAUCCAGACGUUCGAAAAGUGAUCUCAAAACGAGUCAAUGCGUUCGGAAAGUGAUCCGAAUAACUCGAUUUUUGCCAUAUGUUGUGAUCCUACUAACCCUCCUAACGAGGUGGGUAGAAUUAAUCAGCUGAUCAUUUCUAGGGUAAUUUUAAACGUAACGGUCCGCAUAGAAGUAUAAAGUUUUUUAAUAACCGUUUUGUCCGAAAUCACUUUAUCUAAUGUUGAUCAAAUACAUGAUAUUUUGUUAGUGACCGUAAAAAUGAGCCAAUCAGCAUAGCAUCAAGUAACUCUAGAUUUUAAAUAAAUAAAAAACCAACAAGUAAUUCUAAAGAUACUGACUGCGAAAAAGCACUAUCGGAGACACCCAAUAGGAAAAAAAUGAAAACUGAACUACAGAAAAGUGGUUUAAAACAUUUAGAUUAAAAUAGCCAGGCAUAAUGAAAGAAUGGAACUUGAUAGACAAUUCUGAAAAUUUUCAUCACAAUGGUAGAUAAAAAUUGAUAUAUUUUUUUAUUAUUAAUAUGAUGGAAUGUUGAAUAUAUGUUGGCAGUAAAUAAAUGAUUAAAAUAAAGUUUAUAGUGUUUUUGUUUUAAAUGGCAUAAUUUUAAAAAAGCCUAAAAUAAAACACAUUUUGUUUUUAUAAAAAAUAGUCUUACAGAAACUAAAAAGUAUACUUAAAGCAAAACAAAUAAGAUAAAAAUAGAUCUUAUACAAUCGUUAAAGAGGGAUAUUAGGAUUAUUUGUUUAAUUUAUCUCUUUUUACGAAAUAUUUAAAUGUGAUUGUUAACCCGGUUAAUCUAAUGAUCCAACCGUUCGUAAUUAAACUACCAGCUCUGAUUACUCUCAGCACUGAUCUUGGAACAGCUGAUUAGUAAACUACCUAAUCUAGGAUUUUAUUUCCGAAAACCCCUAUUGUAUGGCUGUGAACCAUAUCUGUGAACUGAACUCUUUAUUUUUUCUCUUUCAGGUACUGAUCUUUUUUAUUAAAAACUAUGAAUAAGAUAGAUGAAGAAAUAGAUUUGAAGCCGGCGAAGGAAAAAAAGAAAAGGAUCCAUAAAUGUUCAAUAUGCAAUUUCCAAGCACAAUAUGCAUCAAGUAUUCGCCGACACAAGAAAGUUCACUUGACACAGGAAGAACGAGAGCUGUUUGCUUGUUCGUAUUGUGACAACAAAUAUAUUUCAAAACCAGGCUUAAAAAACCACCUUUAUAAUAACCAUAGUGAAUCCAGGGCGCAUGUACCGCAGAAAAAGGUCUAUAGAUGUUCCACAUGUAGCUACUAUACGAUAGAUAAGUCAUAUAUUGAAAAGCACAAGAAAAGUCACUUGACACGAGAAGAACGACAGAUAUUUGCUUGUGAACAUUGCGACAAUGAUUACACAACGAAAAGCGGCUUAGGAUACCACCUUGAGAAUAAUCAUAUUGAUUCCAGAACGAGGGAAUUGAAGGAAUCGCAGAAAAAGGUCUAUAUAUGUACAAUAUGUGGCUUUCAAACACGAUAUAGGAUAAAUCUUAGAUAUCACAAGAAAAUUCACUUGGCGCCGGAACAACGACAGUUAUUCAGUUGUGCGCAGUGUGAUAACACAUAUAGAACAAAGACAGGCUUAAAAUACCACCUUAGGAAUACUCAUAUUGAUUCCAGAAUGCAGAAAAAUGUCUAUAGAUGUUCCACAUGUAGCUUCCAAACACAAGAAAAGCCAAGACUUAACCGACACGAGAAAGUUCACUUGGCACCGGAAGAAAGACAGUUGUUUGCUUGUGCACACUGUGAUAAGAAAUAUACAAGGAAAGAGAGCUUAAUAGAUCAUCUUCGGGAUAACCAUAACCGGGAUGCCAGGGCGAAAGAAUUGAGGGAAUCGCAGAAAGAAGUCCAUAAAUGUGCCAUGUGUGGCUUUCAAACAAGACAUAAAUCAAGUCUUAGGAAACACCAGAAAAUUCACUUGGCACCGGAAGAACGACGUGUGUUUGCUUGUGCGCAGUGUGACCGGAAAUAUAUGUUACAGGGGAGUUUAGAAGAUCACAUCAAUAUUUGCCAUAUUGAUUCCAAGUCGAAGCAGAAAAAGGUCUAUAGAUGUGCCAUAUGUAGCUUUCAAACUGGACACAGGGUAAGUCUGCACUACCACAAGAGAGUUCACAUGGCACCGGAAGAACGAGAGAUGUUUAUCUGUGCGCAGUGUAACAACAAAUAUAAGACAAAACGCGGCUUACUACUUCACCUCAAACAUGGGCACGUUGAUUCCAGAACUGCUGAAUCUCCAACCGAUGAAGUAAUAUUAGAUUCUUUGAAAAUGGAAAUUGAUGAUUACACUCCACAUUUGGAUGACUUUAAAAAUGCUGAACGUAUAGCGGUGACUAAUAAAGUAAAAACAGAAGAUUUUUUAAAAAUAGAACUUGAUGAUGACACUCCGAUUGUAAAUACAGAAAUGCACCAUGACCUUAGAAAUACCGAAAAUUUAUCUAUAACUAAGAAGUUAUAUAUUAAGCUGGUAGAUUUUUUAAAAAUAGAAAUUGAUGAUAAUGACACCCCGAUUUUAAAUAAAGAAAUGCAGGAUGACAUUAGAAAUACCGAAAAUUGAUCUAUAACUAAAGAAGUUCUAUAUUAGGCUGGAAGAUUUUAUAAAAAUGGAACCUGAUGAGGACGAUGAAGACGCGCGUUUUUAUAUGAAGAAAAUAUUCAUAUGUAGAGUACGUCUGUCCGUUCUGUAGCUACGGGGUAUCCGUGAGAGGGGAAACGAUAUUCUCUUGGUGUUUUUCGUAAAAAAAUAGACGAUGCGUUAAUAUCAAUAAAAAUUCAACAAAUUUGCAAGUAGCCAAUAAAAUGAGUGGGCGGAGCGAUUUGCGGUGACGCACUCGUCAAAUCGACGUAUAAAAUAUAUUGCUGUUUAUUUAAAUGUUUUUUGUCCGCAUUCCUUUCAUAGACACAGAUCCAGCAGAUGUACUGUAAUCCUAAAAUAUUUUAAAAAUUAACUGAUUUGUUUAAUUUUCAUAUGUAAAUAUUUUUAAGCAAUACAGAUUUAUAACUGUGAUAUUUUCAAAAAAAGUAAGUUUUA